GGGAGCGGUGACGCAACCGGCUAUAAAGGGGCGCCGGGCGGGGCGCAGUUAGAUCCGCCGAGGACCGGAGUCGUCGCUGUGUUUGAGCCGUCACCGUCUCUCGACAAUGCAGAUUUUUGUGAAAACCUUGACUGGUAAAACCAUCACCCUCGAGGUAGAGCCCAGUGACACCAUUGAGAAUGUCAAGGCCAAGAUCCAGGACAAAGAAGGCAUCCCCCCGGAUCAGCAGAGAUUGAUCUUUGCCGGAAAGCAGCUGGAAGAUGGGCGCACCUUAUCUGACUAUAACAUCCAGAAGGAAUCCACUCUGCACUUGGUCCUGCGCCUCAGGGGUGGUAUGCAGAUCUUUGUGAAGACCUUGACCGGCAAGACCAUCACCCUGGAAGUGGAGCCCAGUGACACCAUUGAGAACGUCAAGGCCAAGAUCCAGGACAAAGAAGGCAUCCCCCCGGAUCAGCAGAGAUUGAUCUUUGCCGGAAAGCAGCUGGAAGAUGGGCGCACCUUAUCUGACUACAAUAUCCAGAAGGAAUCUACUCUGCACUUGGUUCUGCGCCUCAGGGGUGGUAUGCAGAUCUUUGUGAAGACCUUGACCGGCAAGACCAUCACCCUGGAAGUGGAGCCCAGUGACACCAUUGAGAACGUCAAGGCCAAGAUCCAGGACAAAGAAGGCAUCCCCCCGGAUCAGCAGAGAUUGAUCUUUGCCGGAAAGCAGCUGGAAGAUGGGCGCACCUUAUCUGACUACAAUAUCCAGAAGGAAUCUACUCUGCACUUGGUUCUGCGCCUCAGGGGUGGUAUGCAGAUCUUUGUGAAGACCUUGACCGGCAAGACCAUCACCCUGGAAGUGGAGCCCAGUGACACCAUUGAGAACGUCAAGGCCAAGAUCCAGGACAAAGAAGGCAUCCCCCCGGAUCAGCAGAGAUUGAUCUUUGCCGGAAAGCAGCUGGAAGAUGGGCGCACCUUAUCUGACUACAAUAUUCAGAAGGAAUCUACUCUGCACUUGGUUCUGCGCCUCAGGGGUGGUAUGCAGAUCUUUGUGAAGACCUUGACCGGCAAGACCAUCACCCUGGAAGUGGAGCCCAGUGACACCAUUGAGAACGUCAAGGCCAAGAUCCAGGACAAAGAAGGCAUCCCCCCGGAUCAGCAGAGAUUGAUCUUUGCCGGAAAGCAGCUGGAAGAUGGGCGCACCUUAUCUGACUACAAUAUCCAGAAGGAAUCUACUCUGCACUUGGUUCUGCGCCUCAGGGGUGGUAUGCAGAUCUUUGUGAAGACCUUGACCGGCAAGACCAUCACCCUGGAAGUGGAGCCCAGUGACACCAUUGAGAACGUCAAGGCCAAGAUCCAGGACAAAGAAGGCAUCCCCCCGGAUCAGCAGAGAUUGAUCUUUGCCGGAAAGCAGCUGGAAGAUGGGCGCACCUUAUCUGACUACAACAUCCAGAAGGAAUCCACUCUGCACUUGGUCCUGCGCCUCAGAGGUGGUAUGCAGAUCUUUGUGAAGACCUUGACCGGCAAGACCAUCACCCUGGAAGUGGAGCCCAGUGACACCAUUGAGAACGUCAAGGCCAAGAUCCAAGACAAAGAAGGCAUCCCCCCGGAUCAGCAGAGAUUGAUCUUUGCCGGAAAGCAGCUGGAAGAUGGGCGCACCUUAUCUGACUACAACAUCCAGAAGGAAUCUACUCUGCAUUUGGUCCUGCGCUUGAGGGGAGGUGUUUAAAAACCCUCAAGUUACUUGCAAGCUUUUGAGUACCUUCCCUGCACUUUUCUUUCAAUAAAGUUGUUGCAUUCCCGA